GCAAAGCCGUACGUGAGUGCUGACCGUGCCCGUCAGUCUGUUCGCAUAAUCAACCGAAGCUGCUACGAAACCGCUGCGGAAGCUAGCUCAACCCACCCAUUUGGUUCCAUUCCAGCGUGCGUGCGUGUGUGUAUGUUUUGAUGUGGUGGUGAGUGGGCAAACGGAAACAAAAAGUGAAGAGUGAACGGAAAUUCCUUCAACCUGUAGGUGUGAGGGGCGAGUUUUAGAGUGUAGGGGCCAGGUUUUAAAAGUGUGUAGGUGCUGGUGUGUGUGUGUGUGUUCGGAAGUGCUUGUUGCUUUGGCGUUGUUUUCCGGAGUUUUGAAAAAAACAAAACAAAAAGUAAAAGAGGUUGGACGUGGUGUAGAGCCUAUUGAGCAUUGGCGAGACGCAUUCAACCGGUGCAAAGCACUGGGCUCAGGGUACCAGCAACAGUGAAGGAAACGGAUAAUGGAUGUUUCAAGGAUUAACUGCGCCGUUUAGGUCGCGCCGCCGUUUGGAGCUGUAGCGAGCCGUGGUGGUGGUGGAAACGAUUAACAUGAGCAGUUUUUAAAAAGAGUAUGGAUCGGGGUUACACAUGGGAACUAUGAAGCAAAUAGCGGUUGUGAUGAUUCUCCUCAACAUCAGCUACGGUCAGUUCUCACGCUCCCAGUCGGUCGACAUCGACGAGCCACACACGUACACACCACCGAGGCACUACUUCCAGACGUCCUCCUUCGACGAGGCCGACCAGGACGACGACGACGCGGCAAAGAAUCCGCUCGACCGGGGGCCCUACUUCGACAUCUCGGCUUCCCGCAACGUCACCGCGCUCGUCGGCAACACGGCCUAUCUCAACUGUCGCGUGCGCAACCUCGGCAACCGCACGGUGUCCUGGAUACGGCAUCGGGAUCUGCAUCUGCUGACAGUCGGCAAGGCAACGUACACCUCGGACCAGCGCUACCAGAGCGUGCACAAUCCCCAGCUGGACGACUGGUCGCUGAAGGUCCUGUACCCGCAGCAGCGAGACUCCGGUGUGUACGAGUGUCAAAUCUCCACGACACCGCCGGUCGGCUACUCCAUGAUGCUGUCGGUUGUCGAACCCAUAACGACCAUUAUCGGCGGACCAGAUCUUUACAUCGAUACCGGGUCGACCGUGAACCUAACCUGCAUUGUGAGGCAUCUUCCGGAACCACCGCCACUGAUACAGUGGACCCACAAUGAGCAGGAAAUCAACUACGAUUCGCCACGUGGCGGUGUGUCGGUGAUCACGGAAAAGGGCGACAUAACGACCUCCUAUCUGCUGAUCCAGCGGGCGCGCAGCACCGACUCCGGCAAGUACACGUGCCUGCCCUCGACCGCCAACCCGAUGACGGUGCACGUCCAUGUGCUUAAUGGCGAACAUCCGGCCGCGAUACAGGGCAGCAAAGGAUUGGGGAGCAGUGCCGUGGUCGUUACGUUCGCGCUGCUGCUGCUGGUGCUGCUGGCGACGGUGCGGGCAUUCCCAGUGCGAUAAGAUUCGUCCCGCAGCAAUUCAUUUGCAUGUCAAUCGAUGUAAUUUGCCCAAGCGAAGGUAAGGAUAGAAAGAGAGCGAGAAAGAGAGAGAGAAAGAGAGAGAGAGAGAGAGAGAGAGAGAGAGAGAGAGAGAGCGAACGAAAGGAAAAGAGAGUGAGAGCGAGCUAGAUAGAGAGGUUUAUUUAUGCACCGAUGGGUUCUAACGACGGUUACUGCAAUUCGAUAGUGGAAAUUUGUUAAGUUUAUUUCACAGAAGAGUGUUCGUGCGUGACAGUGUUCGUUGCAAAUGUGCAGAUGAAUUUUAUGUAGCGAGGGUGUAAUUGUGUGUGUUGAUACGUUUAUAACCUUAAAGUGUUGUACAAAGUUUUUGGUUUAAAAGGAGCUCUCUUUAAAUAAUCCAAACAAUACAAUUUGAAAUUUGAAUUUGAAACGUAAGCCCAACGAGGCUAGAGCUUACGUUAAAGUAUGCAUCGUACGCCUUAAUGUAUGCAAACAUGAUUUGAUUGUCUACUUAUUAGAAUGGGUUAGUAGCUGCAAACCAUCAAAACAAUUUAAUUCAAUGUGUUUACUAUAAAUUAUGCAGUGUUGACUACAAUUAAAUAAAUUUUACAGAAAAGAUUAACAAAACGAUUUAAAAGGAGGCUCGGAAUUAAGUUUAAAGUAACAAUAAAAGCUUUAGCUGCGUAUAGGUUUAAACUCUCCCCAAACAAAACUGAUACCGAAAUGAAGAAAUAAACAAUUUUUGUUAUGUUAUGUUAUCUUGGAUGCGAAUGGUGCCAUUUAUGGUAAAAUAUGCAUUAAUGUAAAUUGUAAAGGUAAUAAUAUUGACAUUUUGUUCGAGAUUGAAGUUGUAGAGUAAUGUAGCUAACUAAUAGUGUACAUAUUAAAUUUUCCCAUUGAAUUGCUUCCUAUGAUAAGUUUUAUACGAGGAAAGGAACCAUUCAGAAGCUACAGUAAGCAGUAAAGAGCGAAAGGGUAACCUUAAUCUACAAAUAAUGGCAUUUUCUCCCCGCUUCACGUUUUUGAUUUAUUCUGCAAACCUGCACAAUGUUGCGCGUUUGACAUUACUUUGCAAACCGAUUACCAAACCCACGGCGCCGUGUGUGCUGUGUGUGCCUGUGUAUGUUUACGCAACGAUUGCGGGAAAUUACAUAAACCGCCCUCCUUAGCCGCUUGGUUUGGCGUACGCACGUGUACACAGCGGCCAUACCACAGCACCACCGUUUGUGUGUUUGGCAUGCGAAUCUGUAAAUACACAUAUUCAUCAUGCUGCAAACUACUACAUGUGCUGUGCUGAUUCGCAUACUUCCCCCUCCCCUCCCUUCCACUCAUCCAACUCCCACCCCAAUUCGUAGCAGAAGAGCAAGACAGAUGAGGUCCGUUCAUCUUUGACAGUGCAAGAGGGCCACGCAAAGGGCCCUCACUGGCAAGCCGUGCCAAGCCGGGUUGUGGCAAGUGGGCACCGGUGCUUUUCGGGCCAACUGGUUUUGCAAACCUUUGUUCCGUGUCAAGGUUAUUUUUUUGUUGUUACUUUUCGCUCGCUCCCACCUGCCUUUUCUCUUUCUCUCUCACUCUGGCUCACUCACACACGCACGGUGGAAUCCUUUUGUUGCGAUGGGAGGUUUGAAUAAAAUAAAAUAAUACAUCAACGAGCGUGUUUCGGCAAACAAGGACAUAAAGGACGAUCGAUGUGCGCCUCUCAGGCCGGGGGAGAGCCUGAGCUGCCCAAACCUUCCUGGGCUGAUAAAAACAAAUCUCGUGAAGAUAAAUUAUUCCGAAAUGAAUGUAGCGUACUUUGUGUGGCGAAGGUAUUUGGCUGUUGUGAGUGUUUUUUCUUCUUUUUCUUCUUCUUUGCUUUCCUUUGUUGUUGUUCUGGCCUUCGCUUUGUCCACCGCACUGGAUGGACUGGGCGGGUUUUUGGUCGUUUUGUUGUUUUGAGAUGUGCUUUUGUACCUUUUUUGUUGUUGUUGGUGUUGGUGGUGCUGCCGCUGGUAAGCUGCAGAGUAGUAAGCUGCGUAGGUAUAAAAUGGAUGACUUUGGCUAAAAAUUUUGGCAACCAUGACUAAAGAUUUUGUAACAGCGAUAGAGUUGGGGAUGAAAAACUAGGCAGAUUUUUCUUGUGUACAAGUGCGCACCGUAUUGAGAGGAGAGAAGCAUGCCCUUUGUUUUAUAUUUCAAAACUGAAACUCUUCUAAUUUCCAAACAAAGCAAGGCUCUAUUCAGUUGACAACUAAACGUAAGAAGGAAUGAACUUGUUUGUCAUCCACGCCAAACGACACAAAAUGAUUGAAUAAACACUUGUAAAUAGUAAAAUAUGGCUCUCGAUAGGAUAAACAAAAAAUAAAAAUAAAACCACGGAUCGAAGGAUCGAACGCCCAUUUCUUCAUUUGAAAACGAAGGUGAAUGUAACUAGAGUGUUAGAUUGAUAAAC